UGGUCAUGGCGAAUUUGAUCAACUGGUAUCUCAUGCAGAAGGAAAAAGGAAGCAAAUUAGUCAAAAGGAGAAAGCAGAGAAACACUGAGAUAGAUCCGUGUCUGAAUUGUUGAGUAAUUAUUUACUGGAAUUAUCAUCGAUACUCUUUUUUUUUUUUUUUCUAAAUGAAGGAAGAUGAAGGUGAUGACGAUAGGAAAAUCAGCAACGAUGAUAAAUUUGUUCAAGAUAUCAAACUUUGGGGAGUUUUCCUCUUCGGAUUAAUCGGCGCUACCGCCACCACCUUCGCCCUGUCCAGGUCGUUGAAAGGAGGGAGUGGCAGUUCUUUUCGAACGGCUUUUCAAGAAGAAGCGUGGAAGAGGUACAAUAAGCGAAUGCAAGAGGAGUACGAGGAAGAGAUGGAGAGAGUGGAAAGAAUAAGGCGUAUGCAAGAGGUGUUUAAUAGAGAAAGGAAUAAGUAUAGACGAAAUCCCGAGAACUGGAAGGAAAAUGGUUCUGGUACAUAUCAUCAGAAUUUCCCAAGAGAUGAUUGGUAUUGGAAGGCUGAACAAACCUUCAGAGACCAGUGGAAAAAUUACCCAAGGGAAAAUGGAAGCAUAAAUUAUUCAUUAUUAUCACACCACUACUCAGUUUUGGGUCUCGACAGGUCUAGAACGACACCAUAUACAGAUGCUGAAAUUAAGACAGCAUUUAGGACCAAGGCAAAGCAGUAUCAUCCUGACCAGAACCAAGAGGAUAGAGUGGCUGCUGAGGCUAAGUUCAAAGAAGUAAUGAGUUCAUAUGAGGCCAUACAACAAGAAAGAAAGAAUCAUAGUCUGUAAAUGCAACCCUGCCUAAUAAUCAUGGGAACUUGAAGGAUGCAAGGUAUUUAAAACAAUAAUAAUUUUGGGGUCGUGUCUAAAGUUGAUGUAGUAGUUUGAGAUCUGCUCUGAUCUUGGUGAGUUUUCGGAGUUCAACUCACAUAAAUUUUUAUGACAAAAAAAAGUUGAUGUAGUUCACUACUGGUAUGCCGUAAACCAAGGGAAACCUUAAUUUUGGGCAAUUAUUACAUUAUAGUAGUGUUGUAUUACAAUGAGGUUGGUCGCAAUGCCGUAAACCAAAAAUCAUAAUAGUAUAGGUAAGUAGCUGGUGGCAGUUACAGUUUACAUUUCUAAUAAUGGUCAAGGUUUAAACAUACACUUGUUUGAUAAUUUAGUAGUUUUUGUACUAAUUAGGAAAGCUGCUUGUGCUGAUUAGAAUAGCACAACGAGGAAAUCCAGUUUUGUAAGGAAUUCAAUUGAGCAUAUGUUAUGUUGUAAUUAUUAUUACCGAGUACAAUCUUAAUGUAUGUAGGAUUGCUUCUUCUUUUUUC